CAACUCGGCGGUUCCGUGUUCGAACCUGCUGAGUACAAGACUGUGGGCGAGCACUGGUGUUGAUAUCUGUCAGUGGUAAGAUACAAAGAAACAACACAUUCUCCACAUAAAGCCUAGAAUGACAGAUAAGAGACCGUGUAAGGUGUGUAAUUUCACACGACAGAAGUCCUAUGGGUUGGUUGUUCCGUCCUUAGACGAGCUGAAAGCAAAAGGAUGUGAGUUUCUCGGCUUCAGCCCCAGUGCCCCGGUCACAGUGGUCCUAGAGGAUGAUGGGACCAUAGUGGAGGAUCAGGCCUACUUUUUGUGUUUACCCUUAAACACUAAGUUCAUGCUGUUGCAUGAAGAAGAGACAUGGUCUCCACUUCGUAGGAUGGAUGGUGGCACGGCCUGGAUGGCCAGAGAUUCUGUGUUGCUGGAGACUGAUGCUGUGGACGCCUCUACUGCUGAAGCACCCUGGUUGGACCUUGCUCAGCAGCUGAAGCAGGACCUUGCCAGCAUCAUCCUCAUGUCAGAGGCAGACUUACAGAUGUUAGUGGAUGCCCCGCGUCCUGAGCUAGCCUUUGCUCUGGGCUUCCAAGAGAAGAAGGCAGAGGAUCUCCAGGAGACGCUGCAGAGGGUUUUGGACCGACGAGAGGAGGAGAGACAGUCCAAGGAGUUGCUCCAGCUCUACCUCAAAGCUGCGGACAAAGAGGACAGACAGCUGGAAGAGCCAAGCCAGGGAGGGGCUGGAGACGUGGAUGUGCCAGACGGGAUGGAGGUGGACUCUGCAUCUGGAUUCAUGUCCAGGACACUGAUGGUCCUGAAAGGCAAAACAAGCCCAGAGACCAGACUGUCCACUGAAGAUCUGCAGAUGGUAGUGAGCAGAGGGGUGGAAGCUAUGGAGCAGGUGCUGGGCUGGGACAGAACAAAGACGUCGGCACUGCUCCAGGCCUGCAAAGCCGAGCUGACAAAACGUCUCGAGCAGAUUCAGGCUGUGCAGUCCAUCAGGAGCAACACACUGAUGGACAGCAGCCAGCAGUCCAGUGAGAAGAGUGCGGAGCAGGGCAUAAAAACGGCAGCCCAAGGCAGCAACUAGGCCGGGGCUUCACCUGAGCAGAGACUGAUAAGAAUUUACACUACCUGCCUCAGGGUCAGUGGAAUGGGAUUUAUCCUGUGGUACUGAUAAUAUCCAUAAUGCGGGAAUCCAUGAAUGUUAAUGAUGUUGAUGUUUGCAUCACUUUGUCAAACUUGCUAACCACUUGAAUGCUUCUGCCCCGAGAGGAAGUUUUGCACAAGUCAUGUUUAUCAAAGACAGGUCUGCAUUAACCACUUGCAUCAAAUUUCUAUUGGCUCCCUAUUUUGAUGAGUGCCAUGCUGUGAAAAUAAUCUUAGAAAAAAAUAUUCAUGGGAAACUCAAAGCAAUAGAGCCAGCUAGCUUAGCGCAGCAUAAAUACAGGAAAUUGUGGGAAACAGCUAACUCUGUCCGAAGGUAACAAAUUCUGCCCAUCAGCACCUUGUAAGCUCACUACUUAGCACCUUUAUAUCUUCUUGUAUUCUCCACUGGUUGCCUGGCAACCUCACUGUGAUGACAAGAGUCCAGGAAGUGCUCGACCAAAACAUAGUCCUGCACAAAACCCCCCAGUAAAAUUACAGCAUGUCGCUUGGUUUUUGAUAAUUAAACAUAAAAGAUAUAGCAUAUUAACUAAUGAGCUAUAGGGGUGAUAGUGGUGGAUUUUGGGAUCUUCAGACAAAACCAGGCUUGCUGUUUCCAGUCUUUAUGUUAAGCUAUGCUGCUGGCUUCAGCUUCAUAUUUAAGUGCACAGAUAUGAGAGUGGAAUCAAUCUUCUCAUUUAACUGUUAUGUGUAAUUAUCGCCUUAUGGUUAAACUGUUACUGUUGAAUCAGCUUCCCAGUAUUGUUUGCAUUCUGCUAUCCAUUUAAACACUGCCACGUAAGACAGAAGCUGUGCACUCCAUUCUAUGUUAUGUUAUGAUAAGUAAGAAAAUAUAUAGUUUGAACUAGCAACGGAAACCCUGUGGAUCUCCAGCAUAUGGUGAGGGACAAAAUAUAUAAUUUUUUGUCUGUUUUACAUUUUACAUGUGCUAUCACUGAAAUUACAUUUACAUCCUUAAUAUAUGGGCUCUUUGCUCUUUUGGGAAGUUUAGAGUAGCAGUGUGUUCUUAUCAGGUUGAUGCUGCACCUCAUAACUUGUUCCUGCUUGUUCUCAUCCUCAGUGACUACUGCAAAAAGUGUUCAAAUAUGAUGUUCCCAGUACAGUGCCAUAGUUUUAUAGUCCACCAGUAGACUCUUAAUGUGAAGCAAUUUAUAAGUUGUGAUGAAAACACCGUAAUAUAAUAACAGGUUUCCCUUUAGUGAACUUAAACAUUUUUAUAAAUAUACGCUUGCCUACAUAUGGCUUUUUUCUUUCUGUUUUUUACCACAGUCUUCAUGUAUGUGCACCUUGGUGUGAAAUGUCACCAUUAACUGGUGUGUCACCAUUUGGGGAAUCACUACAUUGAAGGUAAAAGUACCAUUAUAUGAUGAACGCAGAAACUAUCCACCCCAGACACAAUGCCAUAGUAACUUGUACUGCACCAAAUUACAGAGAGAAAUGUUCUUUCUGAGAUAUAUGCAAAUGCUGACAUGGACCAAAUAGAUUUGUGUAAAAGAUGUGUUUGCAUUAGUAACUACAUCUUUUUGAAUGGGAUACACAGAUCAUUAUUCUAAAAAUAAAAAGUCUGACCAUUUAAGAUGUAUAUCACUUCAUACAUGCAAGCCUCAUUGAGCACAUUAUGGAUGACCUUAUGGGUAAUAAUGACAUAGCUUCAUCCUUGAGUUACAUAGAACCAAUAUUUCUGGAUGAGAGCUCAUUUAAGACAAUCUAUUAUAUACUGUUAUUGAAGUUAUGUUUCAGUCUGGUGGCUGUGAUGUAAGACAGUGUGUACAAUGUAUGCAGGUCUCUGACUCAUAGGUCAUGUGGAUGAUAGCCUUUGUCAUGCCUGUCAUCUCAUCCCCUAUCGCUUGAACAUGGACAUAAAUGAUGGUGGAUCUGAAUUUGCAGAAGGUUCAUCUUUUUGUGUUGUGGUGAGAUUGAGUUGUCACUACUGGCUUGUACUUUUAGUAGAUACAGAGAAAGUGGGAAGAUCUGUUUACUCAGUGUUUUGUGUAUGUUCUAAACUGAGAUUGACUCUCGGCACAUUGCGAGGUUUCACCAAAAGUAACCUCUCACUAUUCUUUAUUUUAAACCCCUGUAAGAAUUAUCUUGUGAGUUCCCCAACACAUUUGCAUUUUGUAUUUAAUUUAAUCAUGUACGUCAAAUGUUACAAAAGGAAGUUGUAUGUAAAGUAUGUGAUUUAAGGUGCCCUUUAUAAACAUGUUGGUACGAGGGAUUUUCUAAAAUAAACCAGCCCUCAAACUUUUGAAA